UGUCAAACAUUUUUUAUUUACACCCGUGCUUUGACUUUUGCUUCGUUUCGGGCGGUUCGGUUUGUGUUUUCCGCAAAGUAGAAACCAAAUUUUCAUUUUACCCAGGAACUAUUGAAACAAUCCAUCAUCAUGGGUGAUCGGUACAACAUCCACAGCCAGCUGGAACAUUUGCAGAGUAAGUACAUCGGAACGGGACACGCCGACACCAACAAAUACGAGUGGCUUACGAACCAACACCGGGACUCGCUUGCCAGCUACCUUGGCCAUUACGAUAUGCUGAGCUACUUUGCCGUGGCGGAGAACGAAUCCAAAGCUCGGAUCCGGUUCAACAUCAUGGAAAAGAUGCUGCAACCGUGCGGGCCACCGCCGGAGAAACCAGAGGACUAAUCUUAAGGGUAAUACAGAUUUGAAAAAUAUAUUCUAUCAAAAUGAAUGGUAA